AUGGGUCUAAAAAUCGGGGCAAAUUCCCACAUUCGAAAACUUGAUAGGGAUAUUGCACAUUCACUCGAUCCAAAUUAUCCACCACAUGUACAUUUAAGGAUUGAAAAGGAUGAAGGUCAAGCAAAAUUAUCAACAGAUAUUAUGAUCAAACCUUUUAUUGAACCAAAUCUUGAUGUAUUCUUUUGUAAAUUAUUCAAGAAGUAUUAUGGACAAAAUGAUCAUACAAUGAGUGCAUCUCAUAUCCAACCAUAUGAUCCAUUCAAUUUCCAUGAAUAUUUGGCAUUACAACCACAUUACUCUGGACAAAACUACGAUAUAAAAAUCUUUAUCAAUGUCAAUGAUAAUAGUUGA